UAGGAUUUUUCAGGUCAGGCUAAACUCACUAACACAGAUACUACAAUAUCUGCCACUGUCAAACACUCCAGAUUAAGUUUAGGUGGAGGUAACAUUUACCUCAGUAUAGCAGAAGAAUAUCAUGCAGUAAAAGUAUUUCAAAGGUGUAACGUAAUCAGAUCCAGAUAGGAAUGACGCAGAUCAAGUGUGGACUUCUGUGCAAGUGAGACUGGUACCUGACAUUUUUAUGGCUGGAUCGUUGUACAUUAUGAGGCCUUUUUCGGUGGUCAAGAGCUGCAUAGUGCGUUGACUGAUGUUAUCAUGGUGUAUAAAGAAGCUGCUUUGGUGACAAAUCUCUACUUCAUAUGGCAGAAAUGUAUGAAACAUGAGCAGCCAGAAAUAAGAACCAUACAUGUGGGACACAAUGUAUGUUCCUCCAUAACUGGAGAGGAAGUUUAUAUUCCACACAAGUACCCUCACAACCGAGUUGUAUCAUCACAGUAUACCCUUCUAACUUUUCUCCCUAAAAACCUCUUUAGUCAGUUUCGACGUAUCGCCAACUUCUAUUUUUUGGUUGUUGGAAUCAUUCAGUUGAUUAUUGACACACCAGUCACCCCCAUUGCCACAAUCCUGCCAUUAACCUUUGUCAUCACAGUAACUGCAAUAAAACAGGGUUAUGAGGACUGGUUGCGACAUAAAGCCGAUAAAGAAAUCAACUACAGAAAUGCCACUGUCGUUGAGAAAGGUCAUCUCAAAGACUGCAGAUCAAUGGACAUCAAGGUGGGUGACAUUGUUCGUGUCCAGAUAAACGAGAAGUUCCCCUGUGACCUUGUCAUGCUGUCAUCUAAUAAUCAAGAUGGCAAGUGUUAUGUGACUACUGCCAACCUUGAUGGAGAGACAAAUCUGAAGACACAGGUAUGUAUUCCUGAGACAAGAAAAUAUCGACUGGACACAGACUUUGAAGGAUUGGAAGCUGUGAUAGAAUGUGAGAAGCCCGUGGCUGACUUGUACAGAUUUAUUGGCCGCCUUCACAUAAUGCAAAAUGGACAAAAGAUCACCAGGCCUUUGUCACUAGAAAAUAUUUUGCUUCAAGGAGCCAGACUCAGGAACACAACCUUUAUAUAUGGUUGUGCAGUUUAUACAGGCCAAGAAACAAAGAUGGGUCUCAACUCUAAAUUCAAAACGACCAAGUUUUCUCAUGUUGAGAGGAGAAUGAACACUUUUCUCAUCGUCUUUAUCAUCACUUUAUUUUUAUUGUCAUCAAUUUUUACGGGUCUCAAGUACUGGUACACAACAACAUUCAUUCUUCCCUGGUAUGUUCCUCCAGGCAAAGAUGAACUCACAACUAUGAACGUCAUUGAGGACUUUCUAGCAUUCACUGUCUUAUACUACUACAUUAUUCCGAUCUCUCUUUAUGUGACUAUAGAAAUUCAGAGAGUUGUUGGAUCGAUGUUCUUCAAGUGGGAUUGUUCUAUGUAUGAUGACGAGUUAGAUCACCCAGCUCAGGCAAACACAUCGGAUCUCAAUGAAGAGCUUGGACAGGUGGAGUAUCUGUUCGCUGACAAGACAGGGACUCUAACAGAGAACACCAUGCAGUUGCGCUUUUGUUCCAUUAAUGGGAUAAUUUAUGAGGAAAUAAAUGAUACGCUAUGUGAAUACAACUCAUCACAGCCUGUCUCCAACAUGUCUGAACAUUUAAUUGAGUUCUUCACUGUCCUGGUCCUAUGUCACACUGUGCGGGUGGACCAUAAAACAAGCGGUGAUACAGUAGUCAGCACUGAUAGCAUUUACAGUCAUUCAGGCAAAGACUACGAAUAUAAUGCAUCAUCACCUGAUGAAAAAGCACUUGUGGAGGCAUGCCGCAAGUAUGGGAUUGUCUUCCAUGGGAGCAGAAAUGACCACAUGGAGGUGACUUUUCAAGACACAAUGAAGCGGUUCAAGGUGUUAAACAUUUUGGAGUUUGAUUCCAUUCGUCGUUGUAUGAGCGUCAUUGUACAGGAUGAGACGGGUGAAAUUCAUGUGCUUUGCAAGGGUGCAGAGAUAGAUAUUUUUGAAAAGGUCUCCAGUGGUGACCUUCAAUCAGCUUCUAAGCAUAUUAACCAGUUUGCUAAGUUGGGUCUGCGAACAUUGGCCAUUGCAAAGAAGACAAUCUCCAGAAUAGAGUUUGAAACAUUGAAUGGAGCGCUCCUAGAGGCUAAGAGUUGUCUUCAGAGGAGAGAGAAGAAGGUUUUAGAAGUGUGCAACAUGGUUGAGAGUGAACUCAAAUUGUUGGGAGUCACAGCAGUGGAAGAUAAGCUGCAGAAGGAUGUGCCCGAAACCAUCAUCAAGCUCCGCAAUGCUGGCAUCAAGGUAUGGGUACUGACUGGGGAUAAAGAAGAGACAGCCAUCAACAUCAGUUACUCUACAGGUCACUUCAAUAUGGGGAUGAAAGAGCUUCAUCUCACUGGAAACGUAACAUCUGACGACUGUCAGAUUGCCAUUACACGUCUCUGUCAGACGAUAACUUUGUCAGAUGAUGGUGAUGAAUAUGUCCUGAUAAUUGAUGGUCAGUCACUUCAUCAUGUUCUCGCCAAUCAUCAGCCAGCUCUCCGGCAGCUAUGCAGCAGCUGUGUGGCUGUACUCUGCUGCCGAAUGUCACCGAUACAGAAAGCACAGGUUGUGCGAUUUGUGAAACACUUAGCUGGGGCACCGGUGACGGCUGCCAUUGGAGACGGUGCUAAUGAUGUCAGCAUGAUCCAUGAAGCUCAUGUUGGAAUAGGAAUAAUGGGCAAAGAAGGGCGAAUGGCUGUGACCAACAGUGACUAUGCCUUUGGAAAAUUUCGAUUUCUGUCACGAGCCCUGCUGUUACAUGGCCACUUGUACUACAUUCGAUUAGCCACAGUGGUGCAAUACUCUUUCUACAAGAAUGUGGCAUUCAUUACUCCACAAGUUUUCUAUCAGUUUUUUUGCCAUUUCUCACAACAGUCAGCAUAUGACUCGUUUUAUCUGCUGUUCUACAACAUCACCUGUACAUCACUACCCAUCCUCAUCUACGGCAUGUUUGAGCAGCACAUGUUGCAGUCCAAACUUCUGGGAAAACCUGCCUAUACAAGUCUUUGGCAUGGGGUUGUUUGCUUCUUUGGAGUUUACCUUCUGUUUUACGACGACAUCACACUAAAGCCAUCUGGAAAGAUGCUGGAUUUGUUUUCAUUUGGAACCGUCAUCAACGUGGCUUUGAUUUUUGUUGUUAAUCUGAAACUGGCCUUGUUCACUCAUUUCUGGGCAUGGCCAAUGUUUGGUGCAUACGCCUUCUCCUUCGUGGGCAACAUGUCUUUGUCAUUCCUAGUCUCCUCCGUCACUUGGGGGUCGUGGGCAACUAAUUCUAACUCUUUUUUCGGAGUCUUGGAGGAGGUGAUGGGGACUGGUAUGAUAUGGCUGGGCCUUCUUGUCAUUAUCUGCAUUGCCUUGCUUCCUGAUCUCCUUGUCCGCAUAUACCAAGACAUCCGUAACCACCAGACUGUCUACAGGCCGGACCUGUAUCGGCCUCCUGGCGACAGAUUAAUCAUUUCAUUCACCAAGCGGUCAGGAACCCUCACCAUCUCCCAAGAGGCACUGGUGGCUAGCCCAAGCCCCACAACUUCUGAAUCCCCUUGUGUUCUAGAGCUUCGUGUCUUCUGUUCAUCCUCAUUUAUUACCAGGUGGGUUAAAGAAAGGCAGUUAAUUUAGAGAUGAAUCCAUCACCAGAAAGAAAUAACGAAGAACCUACGAGUGAAAGACAGAAAUUGUUCCGACCCAUUCGUCUGUAUUCCACUGAGACUAUGUGAGGGAAAUUAAUUUGAUGCAAUAUUUUUUAGAAAUGUGGAAUUUAUGUGCUACUUUUUAGUAGCUUGUUGUUGAGAAGUUUAGCUGACUCCAGUUUUGGAAGUUGUAAUGUAAAGGAGGCAGCAUCCAUGACUACCAUAAUAUGUACUUAGUGUAAUGUCUAGGGACAUAUAUCAUAUGUUUCCUGUUCUUACACAGCAAAGCAUAAAGAAUAUAUGUUGCUUCAUGUGCGCUUGCAUGCACACACACACACACAAAGUACAGAAAGGACAGGCUGUUGAUGUUCUUAGCAUUUGUACAGUCUGUGAUAGUGUAUAUUUCCCCUUUGCUCCACAUUGUUGAAUUACUGAAGAUUUUGAACUGCAAGGUGAGUGCUGUUAUUUCACUUUAACGAUACCAUGCUUCAUGGAUAAACAUAUUGCAAUGUGUUGGCAGUUCCUAUCACAGGCUGUAUGCAAGCAGGCAUGGCACCAGGCUUUUAAUGCUUAAAAUAACAACUUAAAGCUGUUCUCAUUUCGCUGACAGUAUUUGAGGAACAGACAUUUGUAUUUAUGGAAAUGUUUUCAGAAAAGCCCUUUUUCCUCUGUUUUGUAGGUGUUGUGCAUCCAUGUGCACAUGUGUGUGUGUGUGCGUGCCAUGUUUAAUUAUAUGUUCAUAUAAAUGUUACCUGAAAAUAUGUAUGUGUGUUUGUAAGAGAGAAACACUGAAAAAAAAAUAAACACAGAUGUACAACCAGUGGAAUACUUUAUAUUUUGACUUUUUUCAUAACUAUGCUUAAAUUAGGUUUUUACAAGAUAUCAAAACUGUAAACUUUCUGUGUUAUUAUUGAUGGUGGUCUUAUUUGCAACAACAGUGACAGCUAUUUAUCAAGAAUGACGUCUAUCAAAUAUACCUCACUGUUUUUUGUUUUUCUCCCUCAGUGACAGCGAUUGCUAUUUUUUAAAGCAUAUCCUGACCCACAAUUUUCUGGCCAUAAUUCCCUUCCCCACCCGCUCUCACGAUCCUUCUGUCUUCUUCCCUUUUCUUUCUUACACUCCUGCACUUUUACUUUCUGAUCAUAUACACGUGUGUACAUUUAUACUCAGGCAGAGACUUUCUGUGAAGGUAUGUUUGAAGUUUUAGCUUGGUCCUAACAUAAUAUUUAAAUAUAUUUCAAAGGAUGUAAAUUAAUAGUUUUUUUGGAUUUCACUUUUGAAUGCAGCAGUUUCUUUCCCAGAAUGGAUUACAGUUCUGGUAUAAGAGCAAUUUAGAAAUGAUUAAAUCCAGUCAUUGAUUAAAUGACAAUGAUUAAAUCCAGUCAUCUGCAGCUGAUAGUCAUACCCUAUUGAAAUUUGCAUGUACUUACUCUUAUCUUUUGAAUUCUGUGCACUUUGUACAGUUCUGAUUUGAGGUUUAAGAGCCAUCAUGACAUGACAGUAUGAAUGAAUUUUUUUUUUCUGUCUUAAUGUUAUGAAAGAUAAAUUUGGAACCAAAAUGUGAAUUCACUAAAAUGUAUAUCAAAAUGACACUGGCUCUAAAAUAUGUCAUAAUCCGCAGCUUUUGUGGUGCUUGAAUGGAAAUGUUUUACUCUAUGAUUUGACUUUUGGUGGUGUUUUGUGACUGGCUACACAUACUACACCAUAUGCAAUCAGAUAUCCCACCAACACAUGCUCACAACUCAAAAAGAGAUGAAUAUUUAUUUUCACAUGGUCACAUAGUUUUGUUUUAUUUAUAAAAAAAAGAAAGAAAGAUUGUAAUUUUCACUGUGCAUCUUCAACCAAUCAUGAGGCAUCAUUCAUCCAGAACUGUGAUCAGAAUGUAAUCUUUCAAACAUAAUUUGCAAGGAAUUGUGAUCAGAGUGUUCUUAUUUGUAUGGUCUUGUGGACAAACCUCUCUGGCAAACCUGAAAAGAUUGAUACUUCCACCAUAAUUUUUUUUAUGGAAUCUGCUUGUUACAUUUCUUUUUUAAUCUAUGUUUUUGUGAAUCUUGCUCAGAUUUAUGGCUCAGUGCCGUGUUGCAAUUAUUUUCUUUAUCAUCGUCAUCAAUGUUUUAUUAAGCAUUUCGUACCUUAUCAUCAUUUCAUGCAUUGAAAUAUGUGAAAAAUUGUGGCUUGUACUCUAUGCUGCUCUUCUGUCAGAAUGAUAGAGGGGAAAAAAGCAUUGAAAGAUGUGUGCAUGUUUUCAGAUAAAAAUUGCCACGUCAAAAUUUUAGAUGCACUUUCUAAUCAAAAUAGCUUUUUAUUUAUCUUUCCUACAAUUUGGUUUCUCUUGUCAAUAGCAAAUACAGUUUACAAAAACAAAACAAAAAAACUGAGCUUGUACUAUUUUAAAAUAUCUGCGAUUGCUAAAGUUGUUUGUUUUGUAGUGGAUGUUAAUCAAAGAUGCUUGUUUUGUGACACCUUUUGCUAAUGAUUGAUUUAUUUUUCUAUAUACAAGAUUCAUUUGAUCAGCGAUAGCUUAAGUUCUUUUUUGAAAAAAAGAAGGAGACAAAACGAUUGCAAAAUGACACACCUGCUUGACUUUUGUCACUUUAAGCUGUUGAAGUUUGAGAGGUGAGUUAUCUAACUGUGUUUUGUUUAUCCCAGAAUUCUAAUAAAUUUUAAUUCUAGUUCCUUUGAACAUUUGCUUAUUAGCAACAGAACUCAGGCCUGAUUCAGCAACUUCUAUUGACUGGGUUAGUCUGUGAUUUGAAGAGUCAGAUUUAGUUUCCUGGUGCUUGCAGCAUUCGUAAAACGCCUACAAUCUGGUUCUUAUUUUUCCAACCCAGUGAAAGGAGAUUUUUUUAUGUUGGAGUUUUGAGAUUCACCAUGUCAUGUGAGUUUUCUCCUAUGGUUUCCGUGGCAUAUAUUUGUUUGCCUAUUCUAAUCAGUCUUUAAAGUAAAUUGACCCUGGAUAAAACCAUUUCUCUUUAUGAAAUUGUUCCCAUGAUUAUUGGGGUGGUUUUUUUUUUUUUUACUUGAUGACUGCAUUAUGUGUCGUUAUUAUAUGAACUAAGGUUAAAUAAAAGUGAAAUUGUAUGUGUUUAUCAUCCACCAUAUCCUUGCCUGUAGCAGUACUGAAUUAAUGCAUAGUCUGUAUUUGACUACAUGUUCUAGUCUUUGAUCUUCAUUAUGUGGAUUCGUACAGCUGAGAGGCAUCUUGCAGUUGCUAGGAGUGACAGUUUAAUGUCUGUGCAUUUUCUUCCCUGUACCACCAGCUUGAGGUUGAUUGUUGAUUCCCAGGUUUGGAAUUUUUUGUAUCCGAGUUCUUAAAUUCAAGCUUUAACAUUCCAUAUGAUAUUGAUCUGUACAAAGAAUGUAGCAUGUGGCAGUUGCUAAAUAAGUGUGGUCGCAGUAGUGGUGUAUUUUAUAUCCAACUCUGUAUAUCUCUAUUUGUGUGUGUAGCUAUCUCUAUGCAAAGGGCCUCAUAAGCUGUGUAAUUUUCUGUUGUGCCUUAUUGCAAUUUGUUGAUGAUCUGAGAAUCUUCUGGAUGAAAGAAUUAGUUGGGAAAAAAAUUCUAGGCACAAGUAAAUUCUGUGAUCUUAAACUGCUGGCAGCAUUUGAAAACAUUAGGAACUGAGGGAAGAAUUCACUGAAAAGUUGAAUAUACUGCUAAUAGUUCUUCGAUUUUUACACAAAACAGAAAGAACAGCUUACUCAAGUAUUAUUUGGUUGUUACUGUUUAACUGAGGUGAUUGGUAAUGCUUUUAAAAUUUUGAUUAUGUGUAUAUUUAAGUGAAAUGUUGUUUUGCGUGUAGACCUGGCAAAAGUAAUAAGCAUAUGAUCUAACAUUACAGAGAAUUGAAAGGUGCUAUAUGUAGGCCAGCCAUUGUCCAUAAGUUUUGGUGCACUUGCCUUUUUAUCAUUACCAAGCUUUACAAUUCCUGUCCAGGAGCCGUAGAUAUAGGCCAGAGUAGCCAUGAUAAUGGGCAAAGUCGAGUUCUGGUGACACAGGCUCUCCCUGUAAAAUUUAAUUUAAAAUAAUACCUUGUCAAAUCUGUCUUGGUCCAUAGCCAUGACCCUAAGAGACUCCCAGAACCAUAGCUAUUGACUGGAGUCUCAAUUUGCUAAGGUAGUUGCCAUGAAUAAUGCUGAAUAAUUGUGUUGACUUGGGAAGUUGUGUUUAGACAACAGUUUCUCUACAGUUUUCACCCAUGCUUGACUCAGUUUGAAAAACCUGGCAGCAUUUUCUUUAAUGUCACUGUGCCUACAUUAAAUCUAAAAGAUGUUUGAGAUUCAACGACUAUGAAUUUAGACCUAGAAAAGUUCAGUUAUUAUCCGUCUGAUUUCAUAUCAUGAACAUAAGGAUGAUAUAAAUAUUUACCUGACCAUUAUUACUUUUGCUGCAAAGUCAAGCCAAUGAGUCUGUGAUUUUGUAGACUAAUUUAUGAUGUCAAAGCUUGUACAAAUGAAGACCUUAAUAUUAUUCUGUACUCUUAUAAUGUUCGACUAUGGUGAUGUGCUUGGAGUGUUAGUCAGUGAUUAUGUACUUUCAUAUUUAAAGGUCUUGUGUUAUCCUGCUCAGAAAAUGAGAUAAAAAAUGUGAAUAUGUGAGCUCAGAUUGUCAUAUUUUUUUUCUUUAGUUAUACUUGAAUUUUAAAGGCAAACCUGAAUGCAGAGUUAUGUUCAUUGCUAAGUUUUGUUCUUAACAGCAUACUAAUUCCCCAUAUCUACUCAGAUUACUCUGAAAUAUGUGCACUUUAACAUUGGAGUUCUCACCAGGAUUUUGAAAACAGGUUGAUAUCACAUUUUUUGCAACAUCGCAAAAGUAGAUCUUUUAUCAUGGUAAUGUCUUAUAAAAUUUAGGUCAUUCUUCUUCGGUAGUAGGGAACAUCUGGUCCACAGGUCUAUAAAGCCUAUGGAUUCAUUUGGUCUGGCCCUGCCAAGGCAAAUGCAGGUAGGAAUUCAAUACAUCUAGCUUUUCUGAUAGCAACAUAAAUUUAUAUUAAGAAAAUAAUAACAGCAAAAGUGUUAACACACUGUCUGUGUGGUCCAUGAAUGAUCUCAUUAAAAUGGCCUUUGAUUUCCCAUCCCUGAUCUACUUGUACCUUUAUACAGAAAAGUUUAUUUUUUAAAAAUGGCAAACUUAUGACAGAACUCUAUUCAGUAGACUUGUCACCAGCUUUGAGCUUAGUUUUAUAUUUGUUUUGAAUUAUCCAUUAGAAGUUUUCAUUGAUUGAUACAAUGUGUUCUUCCUUUCCUCUAUUCCUUCUCGUCCAUCCUUCUGCACAAGGACAUCUGUAGAAUUCCUUAACAAAUUUUAUAUGCUGUCAUCAUUGUCAUCAUCAGUCCUUAAUAACCUUAUCACCAAAUCUCAUCACAUCUAUUGGUUUCUCAGCAAUUUUCUGAAAUAGAUAAGAAAAAAAUAUAAUAAUGUUUUCAUAUAUUCAGCUCUUUUAACUAAGGACUUUCCAUCCCUCCUAUGCUUCCCUCUAGAAAUAAGCCACAACAAUUCCCAACUGGGGUCGUUUGGAGUAGAAAAUCAGUAAAGUGUUCUAUGAAAAAGCGUUAUUCUGAGAGCUAAUAGUGAUCUUGUUUUGCAUACAUAAGAUGCUAAAUCACCAUAUGUCUAACUGCAUCAUGCAGGGACUAUUCAAGAAAUAACAGCUCUUAGAGGAUAAACAGCUAUGGUAUCUCCCAACCUCUGUAACAACAAGGGACUUGUUUCAGCUGUAACUUAAUACCCAGGUUUAUGUAUGAAAUGUUGCACUUAACAUUAUAAGUGUCUGUUUUAACAACAGUAGAAUUUUCAGAAAGAAAUGUUAUAUAUCAUAACCUGUGGCGAAUGCCUACUUAGGACACAAGAUUUCAAUUUAAGCUGUACAGUGAAAUAGAUAUUACAAAGGUAAUAUUUUAUUAUUCACAUUUGCAUGUGCAUGCUUUGGCUAAAAUGGUGAUACAGAAACAAACCAUUCUAUCAACUGUUUCUAUUGAGAUCUCAGGUUUCACUUUUAUGAUUGCAAUUCUCAUCUUGAAACUAAGUAGUUUACUUGAAUGAACAAUAACAAUUUGUUUCUAAUUAACAUCUUGUUCUUUUGUGCCUGUCUAGUGGCCUUAAAUGACUUAUUUCUUGACAUUAUUAUCUUGCAUAAUCUUUUAAACAUUAGAAAAUUAGAAUAGUGUGUCCAGUGCCUCAGUAAUUCUUGUGCUAAUUGGAGAAAAUUCAUUUUCCAAAUCCCUUGUUGAAAUUUCCAUGGUAAUUUUUAUAAGCAGUUGCUGAAUACAACAGCAGAGCAUAUUUCUUUUUUAAUAUUUUGUGCAAAUCAAAUUCCUAAUUGCUAUGUAUCAAAUUGCAAUGAUGAGAUAAAGAUGCAUUUAAAUGUGGAUCAAAUUGAAUUCCAAGCUCCAUUUGUCCUUGCAUAUCAGUACUUAGGACUUGUAUCCUACUUUUAUUAUUUAAAAAAAAAUACGUAGGUUAUUCCCUCACAUUUUUUUUUUUUUUAACGUGUCGGCAAAACACUGUCGUCAAGAUGUAGCUGUCAUCUGUUCAUGUCUGUGUAUGUUUCAGUGUUCAGAAAUAUUUUCCCACCAAUUGUCUUUAUACAUCUCUUAAUAAACACCAGGCUUGUUAGCUAGAUUCGGUGUGUAGUUUCUUCCUGCAGACUUCCUAAUGCUUCAUGUCUCCAGAGGUUCUAAUUAUUCAUAUAUCAUCUGUAUCAAGCAUCAAUCCUUGUCAAACAUGCUUGAAUUAUUUUACUGCUAGUUUCACACUGGGAAGUAUUUUCAUUCAGCGUAAAUUGUGUCCAAUAAAAAUUUCAGGUAAUCAAGUUUUAUUUCCUUAUGUGCGUAAAGAUUCCAGAUUGUUUGUCCCUGUUCUUUCAUCCCAUGCUUAUUUUGUUGUUUUAACAUUCAAGCAUGUAUGUGCCUGCAACUGUAUAUAUGAGCAGAGCACUAUGCACGAGAUUGAAGUAUUAUGUAACCUUUACAAUGUAUAACCUAUAACUGUGUCUUCACUUAUCAUGGAAAGACUUUUUCCAGACAAGGGAAAGCAAAGACAAGUCAUACAAGAUUAUUACAAAGAUAAAUUUUAUGUCACGCAGAUAAAUGUUAUAUCCAAAUGUUAUAUACAUAAUGAUUCAGAUUAUUUUAUUUAUGCAUAAUUUUUUGUGUAAUAUUCUGUAUUGAAUAAACACAUUGCCAUUUUUU